CGUCGACCUCAUGUCCGGCCCAUGCAACCCUGCUGCUGCUCUUUCACUUCACGCCCUCGGGUCGAUGGUUCUCCCACUCGCAGCCGUUGUGCCCCACCCGCGUUCAGCGCUUUAACAUCCCUGCACCUCGCUGUGCCUGGCAUACACUUGAACGCAGGUCCGCAUCCUUUCGCAGCCCAUCACUCACCUCCGCUGCUAACUCUUCGCAACUGCCCAGCGGACCAGCACCCGGCGUGCUUUCCUUUCCCCUCCUCGCGCUCACCACCACCUUCUCCUUCUGGAUGAGCUUUGCCUAGAGGCCCUCGACUCCAGCCAGUGCUGCCGCGGCACUUGCAUUCGAUGCGAGCGAGCAACAUGUUCGGAACAUGUAUUCUCCGCCUCGCUUCACUCGCGGCUCUGGUCUCCGGCUCCUACUAUGACCCCGUGGAAGAGCCGUGGAAUCUGAACGUCAACGAAAAUGCGGCAACACCUCUCGAAUACACCACUCCGGAAUGGCCUGCGGGAUUCGAGCACACGCCUAGUCCCGAGAAUUGGCGUUUCCCGUUUUACAGCUUCUUCCUGGACCGAUUCGUGAACGGCGACCCCACCAACGAUAACGCCAAUGGCACCACUUGGGAGGAAGAUUACCGCCAGACGCAGCUUCGAUAUGGCGGAGACAUCGUUGGCCUCCAGGACUCGCUCGACUACCUCCACGGGUUGGGCAUUCGCGGAAUUUAUCUUGUCGGCAGUGCCUUCUUGAACAAGCCCUGGGAAGCCGACGGCUUCAGUCCUCUCGAUCACACUAUCCUCGACCACCACUUGGGCAACAUCACUCAAUGGCGAGAGGGCAUCAAGGCGAUCCACGACAAGGGCAUGUAUGUGAUCAUGGACAACACGAUGGCGACCAUGGCCAAUCUGUUUGGUUUCGAAGGAUACUACAACACAAGUACCGAUUGGUCCUUCUCGGAGCACAACAUGAAUUACAUCAGCAAGAACCGAUACCGUGACUUUUACCAGACCAACGAAUUUCACGAAGUCUGUCCCUACGACUUUCCACGCUUUUGGGAUCAAGGUGGCAACCAGAUCAUUGAUAACAACACGAAUGCGAUGGUGGGCUGCAUGGACAGUGAAUUCGAUCAAUUUGGCGACGUUGGUGCUUUUGGUGUGUAUCCGGAAUGGCAAAAGCAGCUCAGCAAAUUCAACGGUGUUCAAGAUCGUUUGCGAGAUUGGCGACCGCAGGUGCUGGACAAGAUCAAGCACUUUUCCUGCAUGAUGAUCGAGGCUCUUGAUAUCGAUGGGUACCGUAUCGACAAAGCCAUGCAGGUGACUGUCGAUGGGCAAGCUGAAUGGUCAAAACACCAACGCGAGUGCGCUGCGUCUGUUGGCAAGAAGAACUUCUUCAUCCCGGGAGAAAUUGUCAACGGAAAUGCGAACGGCGCAGUUUACCUCGGACGCGGCAAGGAACCGACCAUGCAGGAGUACAACGAGACGGAAGCCAUGUUGACCAAACAAGACAACAACUCAGCAUACAUUCGAGAUGCGGGCUUGCAAGCUCUCGAUGCAGGCGCAUUUCACUACUCCACCUACCGAGCACUGAUGCGAAUGCUUGGGCUUGACGGUAACCUCUUGGCUGCGAACGACGCUCCGAUCAACUUUGCUGAUCAGUGGGCGACUUUUGUGCGAACCAACGACAUGCAUAAUGCAAUCACUGGCGAAUUCGAUCCACGCCACAUGUAUGGCGUCUCAAACCACGACGUGCUUCGCUGGCCCGGAUUGACUAACGGCACGCAACGGCAGCUGCUUGGCGAUUUCAUCAUUACCAUGGUCAUGCCAGGUAUCCCAUUGAUCAGUUGGGGAGAGGAACAGGCAAUGUAUGUCCUUGACAAUACCGCAAGCAACUACAUCUUCGGUCGUCAGCCCAUGGCCUCGGCGCAAGCUUGGCAGAUGCAUGGCUGCUACAAAGUCGGCAACACCAACCUGAACGACUGGCCAAUCAACAGCACGCUCAAUGGCUGCAAAGAUGACGGCGUCAGCCUGGACCACAGAGACACUUCUCACCCAGUGUACACUGUGCUCAAGGAGAUGUUCGAGAUGCGACAACGUUACCCUGUUCUCCAGGACGGUUUCAAUGUGAAACAACUCUCGAGCCAGACAUUCAACUACACGCUGCCAGGCUCUUUUGGUGUCCCAACUGAGACUGGUCUCUGGAGCGUGUAUCGCGGUCGUAUGCCUUUCCAGGACUUCGAAGGCGAAGGCUUCGGAAACCAAGGUGUCUGGCUGCUCUACACAAAUUACAACGGAUCCCGAGACUACGAGUACGAUUGCAGUGGUCCUGACGCCAUCAUCUCUCCUUUCGAUUCGGGUACAACUGUCAAGAACAUGUUUUAUCCAUUUGAUGAGUACACGCUUGAAGAUUCAACUGUGUCAUUGGGUAUUGAAGACUCGUCGGAUGUGAAUGGUUGCGUCCCUCGACUCAACAUGACCUUGUACGGGUGGAAAGCGUUCGUGCCCAAAGAUAAAUGGGUGGCACCAUCGCCAGUGAUCACUCGCUUCCUGCCUGGCCACGAUGCGCGCAUCCUCUCCGAUACUCCUGUGUCUGACCCAACGACUUUCGAGGUGGAACUGCGUUUCUCAACGGAGAUGAGCUGCAGCUCGCUGUCUGAUGCGCUUUCCAUUAACUCCACCACUGAGAAUGGCGAAGUCGCCGAGUUCGAUACGGAGAACAUCGACUGUGCGGUGAUGGAUCCUCAAUUCGAAGCUUACUACUAUGGCCCCAGUCCUUCCAUCUGGCGAGCUCGAUUUAACCUGACCAAUGUGUACGACGGUGUCCAUCAAAUCAAUGUGAACAACGUCACAAGCGAGGCCGGCGACACCUUCACAAAUUCUCAUGACCACUACAUGAUUCGCGUCGGUCAAGAGAACAACCCAAUCGUCUUCCCACUCAAAGGAAACUACAGCACGUCUCUCGUUUACAAAGACACCACAAGCGAAAAGCGCGACGCUUCGAUCACCACAUCAGGCCUCAUGGUCAACCACAACGCGCCAGGAGCUGACAAGUGGCGGUACUCUACUUCAUUCGGUGCAGUCUGGUCGGACUGGUUCGACUACACUCACGGCAACGUAUCGAUACAAUCGCAGACCUGGCGAGGCAAGAAGGUCCAAAAGUGGUCUGGCGACCAUGUCCAAGUGCAGUACUGGUCUCGCCUUGCUGGAAGCAGUGCUCACUUCGUGGAAGGUGAUGUUGUUGGUUCCGACACGCCUCCAAGGCGAUUCCCGCACCUGUUCCUCCAUGGCUCGUUCAAUCAAUUUGGUUACGACUCCGGAUUGGAUAACAGCAUGUCUCAGCUCGACAAUGGUACCUGGUAUUUCGACUUCAUGGACGAGUGGCCGUCUCAGUUUCAGAUCAAUGUUUGGGGCAUGGCCGAUGAUGGAAGUCCGGAUGUCUCCAUGGCGUACGGUGAUGUCGACAACGACACUGUUCUCGACCGCAUCUCGCCCGUCUCUUUGCAGAAAGCGCAAACCAACAUUACUAAUGAUGGUCCCAAUGGCACUGCCCUUGCUUGGCGAAUUCUGUUCAACGACGGCGAUUUGCGAUACUACAUGGUUCCAGUCGGCAAUCGAUACCUCCAGCUUGUCUUGUGGGUUUUGUUGGCCAUCAUUCCGAUUCUCUCGGCCAUGGCCGCCGUCUGGGCUUACAUGCACUACUUCUAUGGCGUCAAAUUCAACGAAAUCGGACUGUCGGAGAAGAACAGCAUCCUUCCAGUAGCAGCGAUUGGGAAGAUAUUCAAUCGUGAGAAGUACAGCGAGAAAGACGACCCCGUAUCUGGUGAUUCUUCGCCUGAUCUUGCCGCCGGAAUCAUCCGCGACACGAUGGGAGCUGGUGGUGCUGGUGCCGUGGUCGAACAACAUCGCAGGACAGUCUUGAUUGCCACAAUGGAGUAUGAUAUCUCCGACUGGAACAUCAAGAUCAAAAUCGGAGGACUCGGUGUCAUGGCCCAGCUCAUGGGCAAGAACUUGGAACAUCAGGAUUUGAUCUGGGUAGUCCCAUGUGCUGGCGGCAUUGACUAUCCCGUCGACACUCCUGGCGUGCCAAUCGAUGUGACCAUCCUCGGACGCACGUACGAAGUUCAAGUCCAAUACCACAAGCUCAACAACAUCACGUACAUGCUUCUCGAUGCACCGGUAUUCCGCCGACAGAAUGCGAAAGAGCCCUACCCGGCUCGUAUGGACGACCUCGACAGCGCAAUCUACUAUUCUGCCUGGAACCAGUGUGUUGCAGAAGCUAUGCGCCGAUUCCCGAUCGAUCUCUACCACAUCAACGAUUACCACGGCACAGUCGCGCCACUCUACCUCCUUCCAGAUACCAUCCCUUGCGCGCUCUCAAUUCACAAUGGAGAGUUCCAGGGUCUGUGGCCUAUGCGAAACACACGAGAGUCUGAGGAAAUCUGUUCUGUUUUCAAUCUGCCGCAAACUGUGGUACAGCGCUAUGUUCAGUUUGGAGAGGUGUUCAAUCUUCUGCACGCUGGAGCCAGCAUUCUGCGAAUUCAUCAAAAGGGCUUUGGCGCCGUCGGUGUCAGUAAGAAGUACGGCAAGCGUUCUUGGGCACGAUACCCAAUCUUCUGGGGUCUCAAGAAGAUCGGUGCUCUGCCAAACCCUGACCCAAGUGAUAUCGCCGAAUGGGACAAGAAGCUCACCGACCCAGACUCAAUACAAAUCGACCAGGUGUUCGAAAGCGGCAGAGCUAGCUUGAAGCGACAGGCGCAAGAAUGGGCAGGCCUAGAACAGCGCGCAGAUGCAGAUCUAUUUGUGUUUGUUGGUCGCUGGUCGAUGCAGAAAGGUGUGGACUUGAUCGCAGAUGUCUUUCCGGCUAUCCUGGAGAAAUAUGAGCACGUCCAGCUGCUCUGUGUUGGCCCUACCAUCGAUCUUUAUGGCAAAUUCGCAGCACUGAAGCUGCAAAGAAUGAUGGAGAAGUAUCCUGGACGAGUCUACUCCAAGCCUGAGUUCACUGCGCUCCCGCCAUUCAUCUUCAGCGGUGCCGAAUUUGCCCUCAUUCCUAGCAGAGACGAGCCGUUCGGUCUUGUUGCUGUCGAAUUCGGCAGGAAAGGUGCGCUUGGUGUGGGUUCUCGUGUUGGAGGUCUCGGUCAAAUGCCGGGUUGGUGGUACACGAUUGAGUCUUCCACCACCAAACACCAGAUGCAUCAAUUCAAGAUGGCCAUUGCAGCGGCUUUGAAGUCUGACUACAAUACACGUGCCAUGAUGCGAGCUCGAUCGGCCAAGCAGCGUUUCCCUGUGGCUCAAUGGAAAGAGGACCUCGAAAUCCUGCAGGGGACUUGCAUCAAAAUUCACAAGAAGCGCAUGGAACACAUCACUGCUAGACGUAUGGGACUGGAGGACAAGAGCGGCACAUCGAGUGGCUGGAACACUCCUGGUUGGAUGACUCCACGUAGUGGCUGGGGCACUCCUGCCGGCAGCAGGCCGAACACACGGCCGUCUUCGCCCAACCGCUCCGGAGCGACCACACCAAACGCGUCUCGCCCUGCAUCUCUCUCACUGGGUAUGCGACACGGUCCUGGUCACGGAGGCUCUCCGCCACAGUCGACGACACCUUCUUCUCACACUCCUAGCGCCUCUCGCCGCAAUUCACUCGAAGAACAGCAGGACCCACGUCGCCGUCUCAGCAGUAUCGAGGACGAAGAGAUCAUCACGCGUCAAGAAGCAGAAGAUUCAAAGCGUCGGUCUCAGCUGGGCGGUGUCAAUGAAUACAACUACUCACUGCGCGAUGGUACGCUCGGCCAUGCAGGUCCGUCGGCUCCUAGCGCAACGCAUAAUCCCUACUUCUCCCCCACGACACCAGGAGAUACACCAGAGGGUGCACGAUUUCCCUUCUUAUCUCGUCCACAUAGCCCCGUGCGAGGCAUGGCACCCAGCAUUCCGCAGACCCCUCUCUCUACGGAGACUGUCAUGGACGAGAAGAAGAACCAGCCUCAGGACCUGAUGCCAUUCUUUACCGAUCCUACUGGACUGUAUAUCAAGACUUUUGACAAGAAACUCGAUUCCCUGAACGGCAGCAACUCGGAAAGCGCUCUGUGCAUUGAGGAGUACUUGGAGAAGUCGGAAAAGGAAUGGUUCGGCCGCUUGCAUGAUGCUAAAAUGAGCCGCGCUACAACGCCCAACGCAUCGAGAGGACCAACUCCAGCUGGCUCAAUCUACGAAGGCAUUGAGACAGACGAGUCGCUCGCCCAGUUCUUGCUUCCCGAGAACUACAAGGCCCCAACGGGCAUCAAGCGUAUAAUGCUGCAGAAGGUGGGAGACUGGCCCGUCUACUCUCUCCUGCUCGCAUUGGGACAGAUCCUCGCCGCGAACUCUUACCAGAUCACACUCAUCAGUGGCCAGGUCGGACAGACUGCUGGCCAACUGUACACAAUCGCCUGUAUCUACUUGGCAACAACCUUGAUCUGGUGGUUUGUUUUCCGUCGCUUCGAGGCUGUCUGGUGUCUCAGUCUACCAUGGGUAUUCUAUGGCUUGGCUUUCUGGCUCCUGGCUUUUGCACCAUUCGGCAAAUCUGACAGCGCUCGUGGAUGGGUGCAAAACGUGGCUACCGCCAUGUACGCAGUGGCAUCGUCUUCCGGCUCACUGUUCUUUGCUCAGAACUUCGGUUCGCUUGGCUCGGCGCCUGUUAAGGACUGGGCGUUCAGAGCAUGCGCAAUUCAAGGCACACAACAGCUGUAUGUUGUUGGACUCUGGGCCUGGGGUAGCCAGCUUACACGCACCAACGCGAAUGGACAAUCAACCUCUUUGGGCUACAAGAUGACCGCAAUCGGCAUUCCGAUCUCCAUCUUCUUGUGGGCUGUCGGCUUGGUUCUCUUCUUCGGUCUCCCAGACUUCUAUCGCCAGAAACCCGGUGGCGUGCCCGACUUCUACUCGUCCAUCUUCCGAAGAAAGAUCGUCGUCUGGUUCUUGGUCGCUGUGUUCAUCCAAAACAUCUUCCUGUCUGCACCAUAUGGUCGUAACUGGUCGUAUCUCUGGAGUUCCAGACACGCCCCAGGAUGGGCCAUCUUCUUGCUCAUCCUCCUCUUCUUUGUGGUUGUGUGGAUCGGCGUGCUGCUCUUCUUCGGAUAUCUCUCAACGACUCACAGCUGGAUCAUCCCCAUCUUCGCUAUCGGCCUAGGUGCUCCAAGAUGGUGUCAGAUUCUGUGGUCAAACUCCAACAUUGGGCAGUACCUUCCUUGGGCUGGCGGCCCUAUCGCAUCUGCUCUGCUGGGCAGGUGUCUUUGGCUGUGGCUCGGCGUGCUCGACUCCAUCCAAGGCAUCGGCUUUGGUAUGAUCCUGUUGCAGACCAUGGUCCGCUUCCAUUGCUCUUUUGCUCUCAUGGCUGGUCAAGUCAUUGGUGCGAUAGCCACGAUCAUUGCAAGAGCAGAUGGUCUCAACAGCACAGGUCCCGGACCGACCUUCCCCAACUUCGCUGGCGGAUGGGUUGAUGGCCUUUCUCAGCCAUGGUUCUGGAUCUGUCUCGCUUUCCAACUUGGCAUCUGUGUGGGCUUCUUCACAUUCUUCCGCAAGGAGCAACUCACCAAGCCAUAAGAUGAUCAACGACGACACGGACGCAAUUUCGCUUCUUGAUACCACGCUUUUGUUUGACCUGUACAGACUUCUGGAAAGCAGAACGAAUGUCGAUUUUGGUGUGCUUUUUCUGCAUGGGAUUUUCAUGAUCUGAUGAUGAUCGAAACCGGCGUUCGAACGCGGAUGAGAUUUUGAGUUUUUUGUGCGUGGGGAGUCUGUUUUAUUCUGUGGCACUUCAGCGCAUAGCAUUCUGCAUCGUUGCAACAGCUUUUUCUUUCAAGCAUCCUGCUUUAGUUCUGGGGCUGAGGAGGUGGUUGUAUGAGAAGACGGAGGAAGAGGAGGAGUGGCGACUUGCGAAGAACAAUAACAGUAAUACUGCAUAUACCCCAAAGCGAGUAUAGAGGAUAUAUAGAUGAGAGACACCCGAAGUGCUCGGCUCUCGAUGGCUGGCAAUGUACGA